UUAGGGAUUUUAAAUUGAGAAACAAAAAAUUGAAAUUGAAUUACUUUCUCUCUCUAAGAGCAGGCAUUCACUCUCUUUCUCUCUCUAUUAUUCUUUCUUUAUGAAAAUUAGGAGUAAUUCUUGAUCUUUCAACUCUUAGUAUCCCUAAUUUUGCCCUAAUCUUCCUAUCAAUUUGAUUGAAUUCUAGUAACAAAAUUUAAGAAAGAAUCAUCAUAAAGCUAAUAACUUUAGGAGGGAAAAAAGAGAGAAAGAUUCUCCAUAAACAAAGUGAAAUCUUCUCUUAAUUGUGUGUCUCUUUCAUCAGUUUGUCUGUUUCUCAGAGGGCCUUCAAAUUUCAACCAUGUUUUUAAUGGGAUGUCUAUUUGCUGGGCAAAAAUAAGCAUUGUAGCAGUAAAGAACAAAUUUUGGCAGCCAUAUGGAGGAUGAUAAUAAAACCACCUACAAACACAAGGAUUAUUACAAGGUUCUUGAAGUUGAAUAUGAUGCAUCAGAUGAGAAGAUCAGAUUAAACUAUAGGAAACUUGCACUGAAGUGGCAUCCUGACAAACACAAGUGUAAUGAUGCAGCAACAACUAAAUUUCAAGAGAUUAAUGAAGCUUAUUCGGUGUUAAGUGAUCCUGAUAAGAGACUUGACUAUGAUCUAAAUGGAGACUAUGAGAUAAAUAAGUAUACCUUGCCAGAAUAUCUAGCCAGAUUCAAAGGGAUGAUACUUACCUGUAAUGGGCUUGGUAUGAGUCAGGAUUCAGUCUGGUCAGAGCAAUUAACAGAAUCUAACAAGUUGACGGACAAAUGAAAGUCGGUGGUCGUCUUUUUUCUCGUCUUCACACUCAUCGUCUUUCCUAUGGUACCUUUCUUACCCCUCCCAGAUGUCUAUGGUAGUAAACCUUCUGUUAUCAAUGAGAUUCAUGUCUAAAACUGAACAUUCAUCAUCUCGCUCAAAGGUUUUCCAGACCAAACCAUAUUGUAUGUUAACUGAACAGGAUAUCUGUACCAAGUAUGUCUAUGCGACUCAGACAAAUUUUACAGUGAUCAUGAUUUUGGUAUUUACUGAGAUCUCUUGUAAAAUGUAGUUUCUGAAACAAGGUUGUAUCAAUUCACAUGUAAUAUUGAAGAUUGAAUCUCACUGAAGAAGACAUGUUAACAAAAUUUGUUAUCAGAAGCUACUUUUUUUUAGUAUAUAGUAAGUAGUCUUUAAUUAUAUGUUACUUCUUAGAAAGGAGUUGUAUUAGCUUCAGUCACUCGAAUUUUUGACACUUUUUUUGUUUCUCGUUAAAUGACAUUUUCUUUUGAAAUUCUA